CAGUGCAAGUCCAGUGGCCGUCGCUCCUGUAUAAGAAUGGAUCCAUAUCGCCAAGAAAACGAAUAUGCUCUCAUCUGUUUGCGCUGUGAAGGCUUUAAAAAUACAGACAUGUAAGGAAACGUGUUUUAUGUCAGCAUUCUGUUUUGAAUGAGCUGCUGUUGAAGACAUUUUUUUUGUUUGUUUUUUAUUUUUAAGCCGCUGUGCGUUCACUUACUAUCAUACUGAUUUAAAAUGAAGAUGGGCUGUAUCAGAUGGUGAUGAUUAUGAUGAUGGACACACGAUCGAUUACAGCAGCAUUCUACCAAGGUGGCAGCAAUGGCGGAGGCAGCAGAUACUGUAAUCAUCAUUUACUCCCUCCAUAUAGAGGAAUAAUGUUGAAAUUGAUGACUGUGGGAUCCUUAUAAAUUGUUAACAAUACAAUGAACACCACUGUUACACCAUCAGACCUGGUGGAUGUGCCAAGACAUCAGACCUUCAAUGGCACCCUGGGCACACAGACCCCGUCAGGUUGGGCUGUGAUUCACACUGCUACCUUGACCUUCUGCUCUCUGCUCCUCAUCCUCAUCUUCUGCCUGGGCUCUUAUGGAAAUCUUGUGGUGUUCCUGUCCUUUUUUGACCCAGCUUUUCGCAAGUUCCGCACCAACUUUGACUUCAUGAUCCUGAACCUAUCCUUCUGUGACUUGUUCAUUUGCUGUGUGACUGCUCCCAUGUUUGCACUGGUGCUCUUCCUGGAUGCAGGCGGAGGGGAUGGCGUAUCGAAGAGUUUCUGCUUUGCCUUCCACUUGACCAGCUCGGGUUUCAUCAUCAUGUCCCUGGAGACGGUAGCUGUCAUUGCUUUGCACAGACUACGCAUGGUUUUAGGGCAGCAGCCCAACCGCACUGCCUCCUUCCCCCGCACGCUGGCCCUCACUGCCCUGCUGUGGACAUCCAGUUUCACCAUGGCUGCCCUCCUUACCAUGCGAGCAUACCCACAUGGAGAUGGACCCUGCUUGCCCCACUUUGGCCUGGGAGGUGGACAGGCCAGGGUUGUGUUAUAUGUCUACCUGGCAGACUUUGCCUUUUGUGUAGCUGUGGUGUCUGUAUCCUAUCUGAUGAUUGCUCAAACACUAAGGAAGAAUGCACAAGUGAGGAAAUGUCCCAUCAUGACGGUAGAUGCCACAUGCCCUCCACCCCCACCACCUCUCAUUGCAGCAGGCUUUGAGAGCAUGCAGUGUGCUGUUCAAGGCCCUUCUCUGUACCGUAACCAGACUUACAACAAACUGCAGAAUGUUCAGACACACUCAUAUGCCAACAGGACCAGCCAGCCUCUGGUUCCAGGGGCUGCCCAAGGAGCAACCUGCUGUCAGCUGGUGUCUACAGUCAACUUGGCCACAGCCAAAGACUCUAAGGCAGUCGUCACCUGUGUUGUUAUAGUGUUCUCUGUGCUGCUUUGCUGCUUGCCAAUGGGAGUUUCACUGGCACAGGAUGUUUUGACACCAGAAAGUAGCUUUGCACAUUACCAGUUCGAACUGUGCGGCUUUGUGCUCAUUUUUCUCAAGUCAGGCAUCAAUCCCUUUGUGUACUCACGCAACAGUGCAGGCCUCCGCCGCCGUGUGCUGUGCUGUAUUCAGUGGGCGGCGCUGGGCUUUCUCUGUUGCAAGCAAAAGACUCGUCUGCAUGCGAUGGGGAAGGGCAGCCUUGAAGUCAAUCGCAAUAAAUCCUCUCAUCAUGAGACAAACUCAGCCUACGUACUGUCACCAAAGCCACAGAGGAGGCUAGUGGACCAGGCUUGUGGGCCCAGUCACUCCAGGGAUUGUGCUGGGAGUCCAAGGGCCACAGGUGUGCGUAAACCUCGCCCGCCGAGUACCUCAACACCUAUCAACACCCGCAUUGAGCCCUACUACAGUAUAUACAACAGCAGUCCCUCUGCAGGGCCCAGCUCCCCCACCAGCCUGCAGCCUGUCAGCUCUCAGACAUUUGCCUUUGCCAAGUCAUAUGUAGCCAUGCACUAUCACACUCACCAAGAUGCACUACAGGACUUUGAAAGCACCUCAGUGCACCAGAUUCCCAUUCCCUCAGUCUAAUCAAAGAGCUGCUAAACAGUAUGGUUUGGACAAUCUCACCAUGGCUUUAACUCAAAUGUGAAUCAAGAGGAACAUAAACACUGUCCAUUUUAUGUAUUUGGAAACAGUAUUAAUCUCUUGUUCUCUUUUACAGUGAAAGUACAUGUUACGUUUUUUUUCGUGGAAAAAUUAAAGAACCAGUCAUAAGCUUUUUGACACUAAAAACUAGCAAGAGAUUUGUAAUGAAGGUGUCUGUUCCAGAAAGUUAAUUAAUGCCAUUGAAUUAACUUACCUUUUUUUCUUUAACAGAUACAGAGCAUUUUCACUUAAAUCUGCCACUGUGUUAUUCACAGAUAUGCCCAAGACUGUAGUUUUUCAUUGCAGGCAAGGACUGCAUUUGCUGGUUUCACUGCUGCCUCCUGUCUGGCUGACGUUGCUGAGCACUGAUAUCAGAUGCGAGCUGCUGUGAAACCCUGCACAGGCCCACGUGUGGCUGUCAAUGGCAUGUGGUUGCACUUUGAUGGACUUCUGCUUAAGAAAAAUGUAUUUGUG